UUUGCCCUCCGCCACCGACCUCUCACUGCUCCUGCAUUCAAGCCCCUCGUCAUGGCUCCAGUGCGGAGGAAUAACUCGUCUCUGCCAGAAGGUGAGCAACGGACUGAUGUUUGCUCGAAAGAGCCAAAGAGCUGAGAAUGCCAAUCUCCCAGGCUACGUCGAGGAUCUCAGCAAAGGCAAGAUGUUGCGCUUUGAGGACUCUCUGCCUCGCCUUCCGGUACCCACUCUAGAAGAGACCUCCAAGCGAUACCUCAAAUCCGUACACCCUCUCCUCUCCAAGUCCGAAUACGAACAGACCGAGAAAGCUGUAAGUGAUUUCGUCCGCCCUGGAGGCGUCGGUGAGACACUGCAAUCACGCCUGCAAGCCCGAAGAGAAGACCCAAAUGUCAGGAAUUGGAUUUUCGACUGGUGGAACAGCACUGCUUAUAUGUCCUACCGUGACCCGGUAGUUCCCUACGUCAGCUAUUUCUAUAGUCACAGAGACGACAGAAAACGAAGGGAUCCGGCGAAACGUGCCGCUGCCAUUACCACUGCAGCUUUGGAGUUCAAGCGGCAGGUCGAUAUGAAAGAGUUGGAGCCGGAGUAUAUGAAGAAGCUCCCAAUCGCCAUGUCUAGCUACAAAUGGAUGUUCAAUGCGUGCCGCCUGCCUAUCAAGCCUGAAGACCACAGCGUCAAGUAUGAUUUUGAGGAACACAAGCAUAUCAUCGUCGUCCGCAAAAAUCAAUUCUUCAAGGUUCCUACAGAGAUUGAUGGCAAGCAGCUGAACACUUCCGAGCUUGAGCAGCAAUUCCGAAAAAUCUACGAGAAGGCUGAGAAGGCGUCACCCGUUGGUAUUCUGACCUCUCAGAACAGAGACAUCUGGGCAGAGGUUCGCGAACGUCUCAUCAGUGUCAGCGAGUCCAACAAAGCUGCGCUGGAAGAUAUCCAAUCUUCCGCAUUCCUUGUGUGUCUCGAUGACGCCAAGCCCGUUACACUCGAGGAGCGCGCCCGGCAGUUCUGGCACGGAGACGGAUCUAAUCGGUGGUUCGACAAGCCGCUUCAAUUCAUUGUCAAUGACAACGGUACCUCUGGCUUUAACGGUGAACACAGCGAGAUGGACGGCACUCCAACCCACCGUCUAAAUGACACUGUCAACUUCCUCAUUCUCAACAACAAGCUGGAUUUCGACAAUCCCUCAGUGCGUUCUAACCUCCCCGAUCCACGACCCAUACGAUUCGAGCUUGAUAGCAAACUUCAGGAGGAUAUCGAGGAUGCUCGCAAACAUUUCGAGAGUCAAAUAGGCGCCCAUGAUUUGAAGGUACAGGCGUACCAGGGCUACGGCAAGGGGCUUAUCAAGAAGUUCAAAUGCUCUCCUGAUGGCUACGUUCAGAUGGUAAUCCAACUUGCAUAUCAUAAGAUGUACGGCAAGAACCGGCCUACAUAUGAGUCUGCUGCCACACGCCGUUUCCGGCAAGGUCGGACUGAAACGUCGCGGUCCGUUUCCGACGAGAGCGUAGCAUUCUGUGAUGCCAUGGCCGAUCCUAAAGUCUCACCAGAUGAAUGUGCUAAGCUUUUCCGAGCCGCCCUUAAGGCUCAGGGUGAGUAUAUCACAGCCGCUUCGGAUGGUAAAGGCGUAGACCGUCAUCUUUUUGGAUUGAAGAAAUGUUUGAAAGAAGGCGAGGAGCUUCCCGCGAUCUAUAAGGAUCCCGCCUUCGCCUACUCCAGCAGCUGGUACAUCAGCACUAGUCAGUUGAGCUCUGAAUAUUUCAAUGGUUACGGAUGGAGUGAAGUCAUUCCGGACGGCUGGGGUAUCGCAUACAUGAUCAACGAAAACAGCCUCAACUUCAACAUUGUGAGCAAGAAACUGGGUAACGAGCGUAUGAGCCAUUACCUCAAUGAGGCCGCCGGUGACAUUAGAGACAUCCUGCUACCAAGCCUAGAAGCACCCAAGGCUAAGCUGUAAGGUAUCAUGCUGUUUUGUCAUCUUUGCCUGUAAGGAUAAGUAGGAACGCUCUGUUUUCAUAUUAUGCGGCAUCGCGAGAUCGGCCAAAACAUCUGUAGAUCAAAGACUCAAUUGCAUUCGAAUUUCCUAGAUACGGCUCAUAGCUGGUAGCGCUGCACACCCUACCCAU